CCCCACCCACGUUCAAAGGGACGAAGAGUCCUUUACUGGGGUAGCUGUUGCCGUUGGUGGGAGGAAGAAACCAGAAGAAGUCUGGCGAUGGCGAUGCGGGUGAUCGAGAAGAUGGUGGGUGGCAUCCGCCCGAAUUUGGGGAGCCUGGUCGACAGUGAUGCGGGGCCACUGCUGCAUUCCCCUGCUUCCUUGUCCCCUUCAUCCUCCUCGUCCUCCUCCUCGUCCCUCCAGUUGUUCAGGGAGAAAGAGGAGGAGAAAUUACCCAUCCUAGGCCCUGGUUCGGUCGUUGGGGAAAACGCAGACCAUUGCUCUGCCUUGGUCUUCUGCAGUUCGAAUACCACCAACACCAUCAAGAACCAGAGGAGGCGGAGGGUGAGGAGUGGAGGCAACCUCAGCUUUGGCCCACACCUUCCCGGCGUCAGUCCGAGGAGACAACAGUCGUUCAGGCAGGAUAUGGGCCAUGCUGCUGCUGAGACGUACUUGCUCACCCGCCUCAGCUUCAAGCUGUUGCGCUACUUGGGGAUAGGUUACAGGUGGAUUACCAAGUUUGUUGCUCUUGGUUGUUAUGCUUUGCUACUUAUGCCAGGCUUUUUGCAGGUUGGAUAUUUAUAUUAUUUCUCAAGGCAAAUUCGUCGAAGUAUAGUUUAUGGAGAUGAACCGAGAAACCGGUUGGAUUUAUACUUACCCCUGAAUAUUGACGAGCCAAAACCAGUAGUUGUAUUUGUAACUGGUGGAGCAUGGAUCAUAGGGUACAAGGCUUGGGGUGCUCUUUUGGGGCAACAACUAGCAGAAAGAGGUGUUAUGGUAGCAUGCAUUGAUUACAGGAAUUUUCCUCAAGGGACCAUUAGUGACAUGGUUGAAGACGCUUCUCAAGCGAUUUCAUUUGUAUGCAAUAAUAUUGCUGCAUAUGGCGGUGACCCUAGCAGAAUAUAUGUGAUGGGACAAUCAGCUGGUGCACAUAUUGCUGCCUGUACUCUUGUUAAGCAGGCAAUGAAGGAAUGUGGAGAAGGAGAGCAUUCUGCAUGGAGUAUCUCCCAGAUCAAAGCAUAUUUUGGCCUUUCUGGAGGGUAUAACAUGUUGAACUUAGUUGAUCACUUCCACAAUCGAGGUCUAUAUCGGUCUAUUUUUCUUAGUAUUAUGGAGGGAGAGCAUUCCCUACAGCAUUUCUCUCCUGAAGUAAUGGUUCAAGAUCCAAGUAACAGCUCAGCAGUUUCACUCCUACCUCCAUUCAUUCUUUUCCAUGGAACCAAAGAUUACUCAAUACCAUCAGAUGCUAGCAAAUCCUUUGCUGAUACUCUUGAGAGAGCUGGAGCACGUGCUAAACUAAUUCUUUAUGAAGGAAAGACACACACCGACUUGUUCCUUCAGGAUCCUUUUCGAGGGGGAACUGAUGAGCUUCUUAGAGACAUUCUUUCUAUGAUUCAUGAAGAUGAUCCAAAGGCACGGGUUGACGAUGCAGCGGCACCGCCCACACGUCGACUUGUCCCAGAAUUCAUGUUGAAGCUGGCUCAUGAAAUUAGCCCAUUUUAAGUCAUCAUUAUAAUAGUCAGAAUCACCGUGUCACUGGUUGGUUAAAUUGGAUGCUAUGAGUUGACCUGAGGACUGCAUCGGUAGAAACUCCAAGAUGGUGGUGGCAGAUCUUGUAUCGUAGCAUAGUUAUGUGAUGCUGCAUCUUACCUUUGCCAUUCUUGUGCGUGGAAGCUAAAAGGUGUAGCAGUUUUUAUCUUCAAAAUGAAAUUGAAAUAGAUGUAACAAUAUGUCAUGAUUCUUGAUGUAAUUCUUUAUAUACAGUAAUAUUUUAUUAAAAUAUAGCUUUUCUAGA